AUGUCCAUAAUCGAUACUCCUAUAGCAUUGUCCGAUAUUGAGGAAGUUUUGGCUUGGGUGGACACCUUCAAGCUUUCGCGGCCCACGAAGAAGAUUAACAGGGAUUUUUCUGACGCAGUCCUCCUAGCCGAAAUGCUCAGCGUACACUAUCCAAAGCUCGUAGAGAUGCACAACUACCCUCCGAGGAACAGCCACUCGUUAAAGCUAAACAAUUGGAUGACACUGAACAGGAAGGUUUUGAAGAAGCUUAAAUUAAACUUGUGCUGCAACACGAUGGAACAGCUGGCGAAUUGUGCUCCGGGAGUUAUUGAAAGGGUACUUUUAAUGGGUAUGAAUGUAAGAGACAAAAUUCGUCGCGACGAAGAUCUUAAUAAGAGUAUGAAUCCUGAACAGAACGUUUCUAGUGGAGGCAGUUAUUACGAGACAUGUGCUGAUGAUGAAAACGUUCUUGUGGUGCCUGUCAAGUCAAGAGUUAAUGGUGUCUUAGAAACUAUACAAAGAAAGGUUGUGUGCUACGAAACCUACCUGUCGUUGAAGGAGGAGAUGAAAGACGCAAAAGAUUCCAUUGAAGUGCUAAAACAGAAGGUGGACCAUCUUGACAAUUUGUUGAAACUCAAGGAAGAGAGGAUCGAUGAAUUACAAAAGCAACUUGAGAGAAAACAAAUCAGGCGCAAAGAAGUCGAAACGCUACAGAAUAGUCUAGUCAUUCCAUUCGAACUGGGUCCCCCGUCGCCAAAGAUUAACGAUAUCUUCGAACAAAAUAAACCAUUCUUAAAAAUUAAUGAAACUAUCAGUAAAAUACCAAAACUGGAAGACCUAAACAGAACUAGAUCGGAUGAAAAAGUGACAAGACCAAAAUCAGAUGAAAAGUUAUAUAAAGAGGAAUCGGUCAAAAUUUUCAAAGUUGAAGAAUCGAGAAUUCCAGUUCUCAAAAUGGAUGUAAACAAAUCUCUGUCAAAACCGAGUAUUACAGAAGUUCCACAAGAGUUACCUGAUCAAAUUAACGAGGUUGAUAGAAUUAGAUCAGAUGUCUUUAAAGAAAUCGAAAUCAUAGAUCAAAGAACCUUUGACAGCUAUCUCGAUAACGAGGAAUUCAAAGACACCGAGCCUGGGAAUUUUCUAACUAUAGAGAAUACUAUACAGAGGGAAAUGAACGAUAUAUCUCAAAUGAACUAUACAUCUAAUACUAUCUACUAA